AUGCGCGCGGCCGGGGUCGACGCGCUCGCGCGCGCGCCCGCGCGCGCGGCGUCGACGCCCCCGUCGCGUCGCCGCGCGAUCGCGCGGCGACGCGCGCGCGCGGCGGCGACCUCGAACGACGGACGACGUGCGUCGAAGAGGGCGUCCGACGAGAAGGACGACGACGACGACGACGACGACGGCGGGGGCGGUCCUCCCGUCCGCGCCGCGACCGCGACGGCCGUCGCCGCGGCCGUCGCCGCGAUCCUCGCGUCGUUCUCGAGCGGCGCCCCGCCGUGGGACCGCGCGAUGGCGCUGAGCGCCGCGGACGUCGGCGACGACGCCGGCGGCGGCCUCGCGGGCGCGCUGUUAGCGCGAGGAAACGGAUUAAACGGAGGCGGAAGCGAGGCGUGGGACCGGCGCGUCGCGGAGUGGGCCGUCGACGCGUUCGCGUCGCUGUCGCGGGAAGACCAGGUCAUCGUCGUGGAGAAGCUGGAGAAGUUGAUCCUGUCCGAGGACGACGCGAUUUCGCGCGCGGGGACGUCGUCGUCCCCGCGGAGGACGCGCCCCGGGGAUGUAGAUUUAACAUCCCGAGAAGCAGAAGCAGAAGAAGCGCGGGCGGAGCGUUUCGUUCGCCCGCCCGCGCGCGCGCCGCUCGACGCCCCGGACGUCCGCGUCGUCGUCGACGACGAAGAUGAAGCCGCCGCGCUCGCGCGCGCGGACGCGCUCGACGGCUGGGGACCGACCACGCUCGGGACGUCGUCGUCGUCGUCGUUCGACGACGCCGCCGCCGGCGCCGCCGCCGAGAAGAAGGAGCGGAACCCGUUCGUCGGAAGAGGCCUCCCUGACGCGGACGCGGACUACCUCGAGCCGCCGUCCGGCGAGAUAACAACGUCCAGCGAGACAACAACGAUCGACGAGGAUGACGUCGAGGGCGCGAUCGCGUUCGCGACCGGCGCGGUCGACGCGCUUAGAGGCGCGGCCGAGAGGGCGUCGCGCGUCGCGUCGACGCCGAGCGAUCGCGCGCGGUUCGGAUUUCUCGCGCUCGUCGCGCUCGCGGUGGGCGGGACCGCGGCGAGGCUCGUCGCGGACGCGGAGGACGCGCGCGAAUCGAUCGAGCACGAGCGCCGCCGCGCGACGACGACGACGACGACGACGGACGGCGGCGGCGGCGCGGCGGACGCGGACGCGGCGGCGAUGGUAGCUCCGGAGGGGACGACGACGACGUUCGGACGGGGUCGGGAACUCCCGGAUCGCGCUCGCGACGCGCCCGCCGAGACGUCGGCGACGGCGGCGGCGGAGAACCCACCCAACCCGAACCCGCCGGGUGGCGCGCCGCUGUGGACGCGACGCGAUGACCCGGAGAGGGAGCGCGACGCCGCCGCCGAGGUCGCGACGACGACGACGGCGCCCGCGAGCGGCGCAGUGCUCUGGACGCGGAUGGAGGGCGGCGGCGGCGGCGGCGCGAGGCGCGGCGGAGGGAAGGACCGACGACGCGGGGGGCGGCGACGACUCGACGAGGACGUCGACGACGCGUGGGAGGACUACGAGAGAGGGAGGGGGACGAUGGACGUGGACGGCGAGUGGCGAGACGCGGAGCGGCGAGAGGUGGGAGAGGCGCGGGGCGGGGCCCGGGGAUGGGUCGAUCCGCCGCCGCCGCCGCCGCCGCGGAUGGUGGACGGUAUCGAUAAGCUGUAUUAUUCCGUGUAG